GGUUGAAUGGAGGCCGUGGAUUGGUUCCAAUUCCCAAAGCCCCAAAUUUCCAUACAAUUUCUUUUUUCCCUUCCACUCCUUAUGAAUGGGAAAUGAAAAGCCUUUGCACUCCCAAUUCCCCACAAAACCAAAACCCAGAAAAACAAUUACACAACAAAUUACAACAAAAUGAAACCACGCCGCCUCGUUGUGAAUGGGACUUCACCCUCGCCGCCCUCGUCUCCUCCUCCUCUGCCAUUGGCGCCGCUUCCGACACCCUUGGCGUUGUUGAAUUCGACCCUUCCGAUUCCCUCAUCGCCACCGCUGGAAUCGCCAGAAAAAUCCGCGGCUACCGUCUUCAUAAUCUCUUACCGGAGAACAUUCAUAACGGUACAAUUAAUCAAUUGGACCAUUCCCGUGCUUCUGAAUUCUGUAUCUGUACUCCGGCUAAACUCAGUAGCCUCCGUUGGAAGCCCGGUGUUAAUGGCCGGAUCUUAGGCUCCGGCGAUUACGACGGGGUUGUAAUGGAGUACGAUCUAGAAAUGAAGGUACCGAUUUUCGAACGCGACGAACACGGCGGGCGUCGCGUGUGGAGUGUGGAUUACUCAAUGGUGGAUCCAGUAGUCGGCGCGUCGGGGUCGGACGACGGCACAGUGCAAGUAUGGGACACGCGCUGCGACGGUGGGGAAUGCGUGGCGGUGGUGCAGCCGAGCGUGGUGCGGAGUCCGGUUUGUUGCGUGGAAUUCAACCCGUACGGCGGCGCGUUGGUGGCGGUUGGAUGUGCGGACCGGAAAGCGUACGGGUACGACCGGCGGAAGAUGAGGGAACCGGUAGUGGUCUUUGAAGGGCACGGGAAAACGGUGACGUAUGUGAAAUUCGUGGACGGAGGGACGGUGGUGUCGGCGAGUACGGACGGGAGUUUGAAGAUGUGGAAGACGGAGGAGGCACGUGUGGUGCGCACGUACGAAGGGCACGUGAAUGGGAGGAGCUUUGUGGGGUUAUCAGUGUGGAGGAACGGGGGUUUAAUCGGGUGCGGGUCGGAGGACAAGAGGGUUUUUGUGUACGAUAAGAGAUGGGGAGAGCCGAUAUGGGUCAAGGAAUUCGAUCGGGUCGGGUCGGGUUAUGGGUUGGUUAGUAGUGUUUGUUGGAGGCAAGUGGGGGAACAUGAAUGUACGUUGGUGGCUGGCGGUUCGGAUGGCGUUUUGCAAGUUUUUGUCGGACAGAAGAGGUUGUUUUGAAUUCAAUCUGACUCUACCUUUUAACCACCAUCCAUUAUUUAUACUACUUGGUAGGUUUUUUUUUUUUUUUUUUACUGCCUUCAAUAUUCCGGUGACAUUGAUUGAUAUUUUUUAUAUAAUAAAACUAUGAGACGAUAGAAUUCUUACAGUUAAAAUAUUAAUUUCAUCUUUAUACUUCUAUAUUCAUUUUAUUUUAAUCUCAGUAUUUUGUUCUCUACUUUCAAGAAAAUUAAAAGCUAAUUAGUUCUUUACCGUAAGGAUUGGGGUUAUUGAACAUUAUUUACACUACUCGUUUUUAUCUCUCUUCUCCAACAUUGGGUCUGGUUUCUCUUCUCCUUAUCUCAAUCCACGACAUGGCAACCCGACAACCAUCGACGGGAUUGAGCUUGCUUCAAACAAUUUGGUGAUCCCUAAGACGGUGGGACAUGUGCAAAAUUGGUGGUGAAGAAUUGUUGUUAUUCCAAAGGGGAAGGAAGUUAAGUGAAGUUGAUGAUGUGUACCAAUCAAUAAUGGACUUUGUCAAAUCUCUCUUUCAUUCACCCAAGACCUUAGAGUUAAUACCAUAAUUUGUUACAAUGUUCAUUAUCACAUGUUUGUAUUAAAGUUUUGAUCUUCAAGUUGUUAUUGGUCUCUCUCUA